AUGGCCUUAUCUGAGAGGACUCAUAACUACCAAAUGAAAGUAGCAGAGAAUAAUGGACGUUGCUUGUUGCCGGAUCAUUCGAAAGACCACUAUUCUGUUUCUUGCAUUUGGCUGUUUAAAUGCGUGCUCCUUUGGUCAAGUGCACUGGGAAAAUCCGUUGGAGUUGCACUUGCUGCGAAAGGCCAUAUCAGCUAUUCAGAGUGGAUUACUUUUCCAAGUUUCAAGUAA